UGUCCGGUUGGCAUACAUGAUUGUAUGGCUUGGUUAUGAGGGGCUUCUCCAGUCUUGCGCGCGUGCGGUGCGGAAGGUUGUCUGGUGAACAACGGCUAGCAGGAUUGAUAUUAAUAGGUCCGGCUCGACUGCAAUUGCAGCGUCAAUCCUGCGCCCGCCAGCAACCAUACUAUUACUCUACGUCCACUCCAACAACCCCUCAGCCACAAACAUUCCAACGGUACAGGCGCCUCAUUCCCAAGAGGAGCUUCACGACUAUGCAUCGUUCUCCCGCAGCCAUGGUGACCAAACCCAUGACGGAUCCCAAGGUCACGAUCCACACCCCGAGGGAUCCAAACACGUUAUCCAACUACCACAACUGGGUCACGAGGCACACGAGUGCCAACUUCGCGAUUGAUUUCGACCAGAGAAUUCUGAGAGGCAAUGUCGUUCUUACCAUGGAAUCGUUGACCGACAGGGAAAGCAAAGAGAUCCUUUUGGACACCAGUUUCCUGUCCAUUGGCGGGGUCAGCGUCAAUGGCACCGAGGCCAAAUGGAACCUCAAAGACCGCAUGGAGCCUUUUGGCAGCGCGCUGGCGAUUCAACUGAACGAUGGUAUCGCACAGGGCGAGCAAGUUGUUGUGGAUAUCAAGGUCGAUACCACCGACAAGUGCACGGCGCUUCAAUGGAUGACCAAGGAGCAAACGAGCAAUAAAAAGUACCCCUACAUGUUCUCGCAAUGCCAGGCCAUACACGCUCGAUCCAUAUUUCCCUGCCAGGAUACGCCGGAUGUGAAGAGCACGUUCGACUUUGCCAUCCGGAGUCCCCUUCCGGUUCUUGCGAGUGGUUUACCUACGGGCGCCCAGGACUAUGAAGACGGAACACUGCUGUAUACGUUCCGGCAAAAGGUCCCGAUUCCGAGUUAUUUGUUUGCCAUUGCGAGUGGAGAUCUGGCAUGUGCGUCCAUUGGGCCCCGGAGCACGGUUUGGACGGGGCCGCAAGAGCUGCUGGAGUGUCAGUGGGAGCUGGAUGGCGAGAUUGAGCCCUUCAUCCAAGCCAUUGAAUCCGUGGUUGCCCCAAAGUAUCAAUGGACGCAAUACAACUGCCUGAUCCUCCCGCCCUCGUUCCCUUACGGUGGGAUGGAGAACCCCGUCUGGACCUAUGCCACCCCGUCCAUCAUCUCGGGCGACAAGCAGAAUGUGGACGUCGUAGCGCACGAACUCGCCCACAGCUGGAGCGGCAACCUCGUCUCUGCGGCGUCCUGGGAGCACUUCUGGCUCAACGAGGGAUGGACCGUCUACUUGGAGCGCCGCAUUCUAGCCGCCAUCCACGGCGAGGCGCAUCGCCACUUCUCCGCCAUCAUCGGCUGGAAGGCCCUUGAGGAUUCCAUCGAGCGCUACGGAAAGGACCACGAGUACACCAAGUUGGUCGUCAACCUCAAAGGCCAGGAUCCCGACGACGCCUUCUCGUCGAUCCCGUACGAGAAGGGCUUCCACGCUCUGUAUGCAUUCGAACUCCUGCUAGGCAAGGACAAGUGGGACAAGUUCAUCGCGCACUACUUUGAGACGUUCAAGUUCAAAUCCAUCGACAGCUACGACUUCAAAGCCUGCCUGAUCGACUUCUUCGCCUCGGACGCGGAGGCCAGCAAGAAGCUCGAGGAAUUCGACUGGGACAGGCUCUUCUACGCCCCCGGAUACCCCGAGAAGCCCCAAUUCGACGACAGCAUGGUAAAGCGCUGCUACGCGUUGGCCGACAAAUGGCAGGCCCGCGCCCAAAAGGGCGACCCGUCGUCGUUCGAGCCCCACGCAUCCGACAUCCAGGGUUGGGUCGCCAACCAAUCCGUCGUCUUCCUCGAACGUGUCCAGGAAUUCGCCGCGUCCUUGUCCCCCGCCGACGUCAAUCUCCUGGGCGCCACGUAUGGGUAUACCGCCUCGGCGACCAGGAACAUUGAGGUCGUGAGCCGGUUCUUGCAAGUGGGGCUCAUGGCCAGGACAAAAGAGACGUAUGAGCCUGCGGCGGAGCUGCUCGGGAGGAUCGGCAGGAUGAAGUUUGUGAGGCCGCUGUUUCGAUUGCUGAAUGCGGCGGAUCGGGAGUUGGCGGUGAGGACGUUUGAGAGGAAUAAGGGGUUUUAUCAUCCGAUUUGUAGGCAGAUGGUGGAGAAGGAUUUGUUUGGGGGCGAGGGGGAGGGGAAGUAGAGGCUGGAAUGGGGGAUGAGCAAUUGGUGGAGUGUUCAAGAUCAUUGUAGUGUGACGCGGCCAGUAGCGCUGAGUACCGGCUACGGACUCUUGGUGUGCAGAAGAUAAACUGGCAGUUAAAAGGAAACGUUGAAAUCUAUCACAGAUGCAGGGGGGUAACGAUUGGAUGUUUGAAAUCAAAUUACAUCUAAGCAUGCCGAAUGAGCAUCAGAGUCGACUUGCCUGUCUGAGCCGAAGAGGACGCCAGCGUCCGCACCAUGUAUAAAGCAUCCUUAGCUAUCAAACCCGU